AUGGGGCCGAUGAUCAAUGUCCUACUUGACUCUUUUCCCGGCCUAUCACUCCCUCCGACCUUGUGUCUCCCUGUGCCGGCCUCCUUGACUACCGCAGAGCUGGUAGAUUCCAUUGCAUGUCUUCUCCCGCAGAGUCUCCUGCACACCAACCGGGUUUUCCUUACCUCUACCUCCAGCCAACCAAUCUAUGCGUCCUCGUCUACCACGGUCGGCGAUCUCAGCGCCUCAUCUUCAUGUCGUCAGAACUCCAGCAAUGAGAUUCUCCCACUUCGACUUUCUGCGUCCCUCGUCGGCGGGAAGGGUGGAUUUGGUUCGCAGCUCAGGGCGGCGGGAGGACGCAUGUCCUCGCGCAAGAAACGCCAGAAUGCAGAACUUGCCACCGGUAGUGCUCGCAACCUGGACGGACGAAGACUGCGAACCAUUACAGAAGCCAAAAAUCUGGCCACCUACCUAGCCACGAGACCUGAAAUGGAUCGCAGAGAAAGGGAGGAGAGGCGCAAAAGGUGGGAGCAGGUAAUUGAGUUAGCCGAGCAGAAAGAGGCCGAUAUGCGAGCUGGGAAAGGCCUAGAUGGUCGACGUAAAGGGCUUAGCGAGGAGUGGGUGGAGGAGAAGGAGGAAGUGGGCGAGAAUGUCAGGAACGCGGUCAAAUUGGCCAUGUUGGCUGACCAGGCACCAGAUAAGGCUGCGGAUCUUCCGACACAGGAUGGCGAAAGCAGUGGAAGCGGAGGAUCUGCUCCUGGAAGCGACGAAGACAGUGACGCCGAGGAUCUGAUGGAGCUGGACGAAGACGGCAUGACUCGGCUCAGGGCGGAGGCCGAGACGGGAGAUGCAGACGCCAUUUGGGUUCUGCACCAUCGACUCAAGAUACCCUCUGAUCUUUUGCCAAAGUCUAGAGAGCCUGUCAGGCGGUUUGCCGGGUUCGAUGACGAGGAAGACGAUAUUUCCAGCAGUGACGAAGAGGAUGAUACUCGACCGCUGGAAAGCGGCAAGGGCAAGGGCAAGCUAAAGGAUGGCAAUGCGUGA